CAAAGUGAUGGCUAUCGAACUUUAUCCUUGUCCGGGCAUGUUGGUUUUGGUAGUUUACCUGAUCAACUGGUUAAAAAAUCCAUCAAGCAGGGAUUCUGCUUCAAUAUUCUUUGCAUUGGAGAGACUGGAAGUGGGAAGUCAACCUUGAUAAACAGUUUGUUUAACACCAAUUUUGAUGACCCUGUGUCAACGCAUUUUCUGCCAAAUGUGCGACUUAGAGCCCAGACUUACGAACUCCAGGAAAGUAAUGUGCUUUUGAAGCUGACCAUUGUAAAUACAGUGGGAUUUGGUGACCAGAUAAACAAAGAAGAUAGCUAUCAGCCAAUAGUGGAUUAUAUAGAUGCACAAUUUGAAGCCUUUCUCCAGGAAGAGCUGAAAAUUAAACGUUCUUUAUUUAGCUACCAUGACACUCGCAUCCAUGUCUGCCUCUAUUUCAUUUCACCUACAGGCCACUCCCUAAAAACCUUAGAUUUGUUAACCAUGAAAAGCCUAGACAGCAAGGUGAACAUUAUACCAAUUAUAGGCAAAGCAGACAGCAUUUCUAAAACCGAACUACAGAAGUUCAAGAACAAAAUCAUGAGUGAAUUAGUUAGUAAUGGCGUCCAGAUAUACCAGUUCCCAACUGAUGAUGAAACCGUUUCUAAAACUAAUACCAUCAUGAAUGGGCAUUUGCCAUUUGCUGUAGUAGGAAGUACAGAAGAGGUGAAAAUUGGAAACAAAAUGAUGAGAGUUCGUCAAUACCCGUGGGGCAUUGUACAAGUGGAAAACGAGAACCACUGUGACUUUGUAAAGCUUCGUGAGAUGCUUAUUUGCACAAAUAUGGAAGACUUAAGAGAGCAGACUCACGCACGGCAUUAUGAGUUGUACAGGCGCUGCAGACUGGAAGAGAUGGGCUUCAGAGACACUGGCCCAGAUAACGAACCAGUCAGUCUACAGGAAGCCUAUGAGGCAAAGAGGCACGAGUUCCGCCUUGAACUGCAAAGAAAAGAGGAGGAGAUGAGACAACAGUUUGUGCAGAGAGUGAAGGAGAAAGAAGCAGUAUUGAAAGAAGCAGAGCAAGGGAUACAGACUAAAUUCGAGCAUCGUAUGCUAAUGCAUCAAGAAAUGAAACAGAACUUAGAGAAAAAGAAAAAAGUUCUAGAAGAUGAAAUAGCUAUGUUUAUUGAGAAGAAAGCUGAUGGUGAAUUGCGCCAAUCACAAGCAUCUGUCUCUACCCCUGUUGUUAGUUUGAAGAGAGACAAGGACCGCAAAACAUCAUCUCCAGGUUACAGUGCCUCCGACACGCUGUUAAACGACCACCACAUGUGGGCUUUGGCAAACCGCCAGCCGCUGGCAGAGGCAAGGUACGGAUACAGCUACGAACAGCCUUUCAUUCUUUCAUUCCUCAAGAGCCGAUGUCUUUCUAAAUGCUCUCACAAUCGCAUUAUGGAAUUGCUUUCUCAUUCUGCUUCACCCGAAUAG